GUGCAGUUCCAAAUGGAGACUUGGCAGAACCCAGAGAUGAGAGGGAAGGAAGGAGCAGUGACUCAAGAAUGGUAACAUUUAGCGAGAAAGAACCCGAAGUGAUUUACAUGAGUCCAUCUGGUCAUAACGCCAAAAAUUUAAAGAGUAAAAAAAAGGGGAAGAGGGAAGUAUCAAAGCUCAGUGUCCAGCAGGAAGUUCCGGAAGAGAUCAGUCUUGUGGAAGAGAAAAUUGUGUCUUCUCCAGUUUUGUCAUUUACAGAAAGUAAUGCAAGUCAUAGGAGAACAAAUUCUGGCAACAAGGCAGAAAAUUCACUUGAUAGAACGGAGAUAAUCACUUCAAGAGUGCAGGUCAUCACGUUAGAUCAAGGUAGAGAGGACAGCAAUGAUAAUGGCCAAAACAGUAUACAAGUCAAGAACAAACCAAAUAUUACUGAUCAACUCAGAAAUGUGAAUGACUAUUCUUUUUCAAACUUAGAGGAAAUCUUUGAUGACAGUAAAGAAGGAGGCAGAUAUUUUCCAUCUGUCACCACAGGUAUGAUAGAUAGUAGAGUUGCUCACUCCAUUCCACAUGAAGGUCCUAUAAUAGCCCAGACUGAUAUUAAUCCCUGUAUGAAAAUAUCAUGCACAAAAUCAGAUUUGGGUGUGCAUGAAAACACAGACAUGUUGCUCAAACACAAAAUUAUUUCAAAACGCCCCAAUUUUGCGGCAGGGGAUGAGUCGCAAGAUCUCUUUGCAACCCAAAACAUCUGUUCAUCCAUGAAGGAGAAUAUUGAUAUCAGGAGAAGAUGUAAACCUAAUGCCAAGGAUGCAAUACGUAGACUGACACCGGAGAAUUGGCUGGGGAAAUCAGAACACAGCAGUAUUGUUUCUGACAAGAAGACAGGACACUUUUUGGAGAAUGACACUGCAUCAGACAAAAUUAAUGAAACUAAGACAGCCAAAUGUGAACCAAAAUUUGUCAUAGAUAAACUUGAAAUGACUGUACAAAGUGAAUUAAAUUCUGUCUCAGAUACAGCAAAGACCAAUGGAAUGGAUGUAGCAGUAGAUAAUCCUGUGCUUGAAGAGAAAAAGGUCGGAGAACCUAGUAAUAUUACUGAAAUGUUUGAGACAUCAUGUGAAGAUUUGAAGAGGAAAUGAUGGUUGCUGCUAUGAGUGCUGAGGAAACAGUCAUGAAUGCAAAUGAAAAGUAUUCAGGAAGUAAACCAGGUUAUGAUAGUGCCAAAAGUCGUGAUAUAAGCCCAGUAGAACUAAAAGUAGAAUUUGAGGAUACAGUUCGUUUUGUGGGUGAAGGUGCAGAACUUCUUCAUACUGAAAGGAAGGAUGAUCUCCUGCCUGAAUCACAAGAGUAUGCCAGAGACUUUCGAGGUCCUCCAGGUGAUGGGAAAAUAAAUUACCAAACUCUAAGCUCAAGGGAGAAGUUUGGCAAGAUACUAACUACGUCAGUCGCAGCCACAAAGGAGAGAGGCAAGGAAAUUGUGCGUGUUUUGCUUGUCCAUGAGUUCGGCUUCACGCAUUGGAGGAUGAGUGACAAGGAAGGAGAUGCAGACGACCUCAAUCAAAAUUUUGACCAAAAUGUGUCUUGGCAUGAGUGGAGCUUGAUUGAUGAAGUUGACUAUUCUGUUGGAUCUGUCUCUGAAAUGAGAAAUAUUGCAGCAGUAGGAUUCCCAUCAGAUGACGAGGCCAGGUACCUUGUGAUAUUAGAAAAGUUUCUAGAAAAGGAAGUAGUCAUGAUAUAUGUUCAGUUAACACCAAGCAGAACAGUGGAAACAACUGUUGUUCCUGUACAGUGUGCAAUGUAUGAGAAGUUGCUAUGCUGUUCACUUGGAGAGUGGAGCAUUAUCUUACAUUGGAGGCCAGAAGAAGCUAGCAGAGACGGGUCACUGAUGAUAACAGACUUUGAUCUUGCUUAUUCCAAACGCAGCAAGAAGUGGCUUCUGCAGUGUCAGUCGAAUGUAGUGGAUCCACAGUGGGAUGAAUCUCUUGUGAGUCUGGUACCACUGAAUGGCGUAGGUUCAGAGGGCAUUGUUCUGUGUACAACUUCAACUGUCAUGUAUGUGUAUGAUGCAUUGCAAGAUGUGAUCAUUACGCAGAUUCCGUGGCAUGUGUCAGUGGUGUGUUGGGCAGUUAGCAUAAAGGAAUAUUUAUUCAUUACUUCCAUCACAGCAGAAGAGGCUCAGAUAUCUGCAGUUAAUCCAAUAAGUGGAGAGAAGGAAAUAUUCUGCAGUUGUUCUAUAGAUGAGAUUGCAAGUCGGAUUAAGAGCAGUGAAGUUGGAAAAGCAAGGGAAGCGAGGUUAAGUGGGACAUAUUACUUGCAGGGACUUGUACUUGCUUACAGUAACGGAACUGUAGCCCGUAUUCCUUUGACAGCAUAGCGAUUUGUUCGUAACUGUGAUAUUGUAUUAUGUUACUUCAAUUACUUUUCUAUUAUUUUCAUGAGCAGUUUUUUUUUUUCUUUCAUUUUCUGUUAGCCCUUGUUUUUCUUUCCUUCUUUCUUUCUUUUUAGAGUGUUUAUAUCUACUGUUGUUUGAUUGAUGUGUGGUGUGAACAUCAAAUGUUAUGUAAGAUGUAAUGCUAUCUGCAUGAUGUUUUGUGUAUGGAGGCUUUUUUUAAUAUGUGUAAAGAAUGAUGUGUGAUCAAAGAAGCUGUUAUGACUGUAUAUAAAGAUGUACUUUUAUUGUUGCAUAUCCAUUUGUGUAAAGCUUAAAGAAUUUACUUGUCUAUUUCUAGAAGAGAAAUAUUUUAUAUUUUUGAAUAUAAAUUUAGGAUGUAU